CCCUGGCGGGCGUAUAAAAUAACUGUUUCGGCAUCUCUCUCCAUGAUGCUUUUGACUUGCGAUUAGAUCCCUCCGCUCUCUUCUCUCACAAUUUGUUUUUUUUAAUUUUCUCAGUUUUCCUACCAACUCUGUUUUAUAUUAUUGUAGAUUUCAUUUCCCAAGAAAUGAGAAAUGGAAAAGCUGCUUUCUCUUCAGAUCGUAAUAUGAUUUCUUAAUAUUCGGUCAGCGGAUUCUCUUCUUUACAGAUGCUGGAGUUUUUCAGAACUUGUCGUUGGUCUCCUAUGUUGUUUCUGUCGAAAAAUUCCGAUCUUUUCACCGAAAACCUCCCAAAAGUUUGAAUCUUUUUUGUUCAUUAGGGUCUCUUGCAUUCUAAACCACCACUAUCGUCAACUCAAAACACUUGUAGCUUCCAAUAUCUUCAUAUAACUUCCCUUUCAAGAGUGCCCAGAUUAGAUCUCUCUCCAAUUUCUUAUUCAAAGAAUUCUUCAGUCCCUCGAUCUGUAUUGAUUUGUAUCUCUAUAAAAUCUCUCCAGUUCAAUCAGUUUGGAGUACUUAGCAACUCCAAAUCGUUCAAAACCCCAUCUCUCUUUGUCUUGAAUCGGAUUCGAUUCAUCCAAGGCCAUAUCCCCCACAUCAGAAACCCUCUGCGAAAGGCCCCUUCAGAAGGCCUACUGCUCAAACUCCCAUCUUUGUCAAGAUACCAUUUCGAAAGGUGCUCCCGACGCCGCCCACUUUUAUCCACUGAAUUUUAUCAAUAACUCCCUUGUUCCUUCUGCAAUGCUGAGCUGCUAAGCCCCCGCCCCCUCUCCCGCCCAUGUCGAUCAUCUGCGGCGUCCCCCUCCUCGAGUGCGUCUGCUGCCUGGCCUGCGCCCGCUGGGCCUGGAAGCGAUGCCUCCGCACCUCCGGCCAUGAGAGCGAGACCUGGGGCCUGGCUUCGGGCGACGAAUUCGAGCCCACGCCCCGCCUCUGCCGCUACAUCCUUGCGGUCUAUGAAGAUGAUCUCGAGCACCCACUGUAUGCCCCACCAGGAGGAUAUGGGAUGAAUCCUCAAUGGGUCGUCCGCCGCAAGAUGUACAGGGACACCCGCGGCCGCGUGCCUCCUUACUUGAUCUACCUUGAUCAUGACCAUGAGGAUAUAGUCCUCGCCAUCAGAGGCCUCAACAUGGCUAGGGAGAGUGAUUAUGCUGUGCUAUUGGAUAACAGGCUUGGGAAGAGGAAAUUUGAUGGUGGGUAUGUUCAUAAUGGGCUCCUCAGGGCCGCUGGUUGGGUCUUGGAUUCCGAAUGUGAUAUACUGAAGGAAUUGAUGGAGAAGUAUCCGAGUUAUACUCUGACUUUUGCUGGGCAUUCUUUGGGGUCUGGUGUGGCAGCAAUGCUGGCUAUGGUGGUGGUGCAAAAUAGAGACAAGUUGGGGAAUGUGGAGAGAAAGAGGAUUAGGUGUUAUGCGAUUGCACCCGCGAGGUGUAUGUCGCUUAAUUUGGCUGUGAGAUAUGCGGAUGUGAUCAAUUCAGUUGUGCUUCAGGAUGAUUUCUUACCUCGAACAGCGACUCCUUUGGAAGACAUUUUCAAAUCACUUUUCUGUUUGCCAUGCCUACUAUGCGCAAGAUGCAUGAGAGACACAUGCAUACCAGAAGAGGCCAUGUUAAGAGAUCCAAGGAGGCUCUAUGCACCAGGUCGACUGUAUCACAUUGUUGAGAGAAAACUGUGCAGGUGGGGAAGAUAUCCUCCAGUUGUUAGAACAGCAGUGCCAGUUGAUGGAAGAUUCGAGCACAUUGUUCUUUCGUGCAAUGCCACUUCUGAUCAUGCGAUACUUUGGAUUCAGAAAGAAGCCCAGAGGGCUUUAGACCUGAUGCUAGAGAAGGAAAAAACGAUGGAAAUCCCUCCCAAGCAAAGGAUGGAGAGAAAAGAGACACUUGCACGAGAGCACAGCGAGGAGCACAAGGCAGCACUCCGGAGGGCUGUGACGUUGUCCAUUCCGGACGCACAUUCGCCAUCAGCUUAUGGUACAUUUGAUGAGAACUCUACUGGAACAUGGGAGGGUUCUCCCACAACUUCGUCAGACUCCAAGCAGAAAAUGAGUUGGGAUGAGCUGAUCGAGCGAGUAUUUGAAAAGAGUGAGUCCGGGCAUAUGGUCCUACGGAGGUCAACCAUCAUAGAUGCAUCUUAAUGUCAUAUUUUUUGCUGUUCAUUAAUCUUGUUGCCUUUUCUUCCAAUUGAUUGUUGUUGUUGCUAUGUGAUUGAAUCUAUUGUGGGAAUGUAGUUUCUGUCAACAACAUAAUAUCGGCAUCCAAUCUUCGUAUAUCCCACACUCUGUCCUAGACAUAGAAACUGAAAGUUUGUGAUUAUUGCUAUUAUCAUAUGUCAAGAGAAUUGCUGGAUAUCAUAUGAUGUUUCCUGUUA